AUGAAAACCGUACAGGCUGUUGACAUUAGUUCUCAAGAAUCAAAAGAAAUGCAUCCUGAAGCGAUUUACAUGUGCAGAUCCUUCAACUUUUAUACUAGAAGUAUAGAAAACAUAGAAGAAACUUAUUAUGCGAGAUUAUUUCAAGAUAGUAUAAGCAUUUCUAAGGAUCAAAAAUGGUACUAA